GUUCUCUAAUGGUCUUGCUUCACCAUGGCCACAAAUAUGGAGGGGCUGGUUCAGCACAGAGUGGGGACCCAGCAGGUGGCUGAGGUACCACAUACGCAGACCCUUCGGCCGGAAUCUCCAGGGAUGACCAGCCCCUCCCCACGCAUCCAGAUCAUCUCCACCGACUCUGCGGUAGCCUCACCUCAGCGCAUUCAGAUUGUGACAGACCAGCAGACAGGACAGAAGAUCCAGAUAGUAACCGCAGUGGACGCCUCCGGGUCUUCCAAACAACAGUUCAUUCUGACCAGCCCAGAUGGAGCUGGAGCUGGGAAGGUGAUCCUGGCUUCUCCGGAGACGUCCAGUGCCAAGCAGCUCAUAUUCACCACCUCUGACAACCUUGUUCCCGGCAGAAUUCAGAUCGUCACAGAUUCUGCUUCUGUGGAGCGUUUGUUGGGGAAGACAGACGUCCAGCGGCCCCAGGUGGUGGAGUACUGUGUGGUGUGCGGCGACAAAGCCUCUGGCCGUCACUAUGGGGCUGUCAGUUGUGAAGGCUGCAAAGGUUUCUUUAAAAGGAGCGUGAGGAAAAAUUUGACCUACAGCUGCCGGAGCAACCAAGACUGCAUCAUCAACAAACACCACCGAAACCGCUGUCAAUUUUGCCGGCUGAAAAAGUGCUUAGAGAUGGGCAUGAAAAUGGAAUCUGUACAGAGUGAACGGAAACCCUUUGAUGUGCAACGAGAGAAACCAAGCAAUUGUGCUGCUUCAACUGAGAAGAUCUAUAUCCGGAAGGAUCUAAGAAGUCCUCUAAUAGCCACUCCCACGUUUGUGGCAGAGAAAGAUGGAGCAAGACAAACAGGUCUUCUUGAUCCAGGAAUGCUUGUGAACAUCCAGCAGCCUUUGAUACGUGAGGAUGGUACUGUUCUGCUGGCCGCGGACUCCAAGGCUGAAACGAGCCAAGGGGCUUUGGGUACACUGGCAAAUGUGGUAACCUCCCUUGCCAACCUAAGUGAAUCUUUGAAUAAUGGUGACACUUCAGAAAUCCAGCCAGAAGACCAGUCUGCAAGUGAGAUUACUCGGGCAUUUGAUACUUUAGCUAAAGCACUUAAUACCACAGACAGCUCCUCCCCACCAAGCCUGGCAGACGGCAUUGAUGCCAGUGGAGGAGGGAGCAUCCACGUCAUCAGCAGAGACCAGUCCACCCCCAUCAUUGAAGUGGAGGGCCCCCUCCUCUCAGAUACGCACGUCACAUUUAAGCUGACUAUGCCCAGCCCGAUGCCGGAGUACCUCAAUGUGCACUACAUCUGUGAGUCUGCGUCCCGCCUGCUGUUCCUCUCCAUGCACUGGGCACGGUCCAUCCCGGCCUUUCAGGCCCUCGGGCAGGACUGCAACACCAGCCUGGUGCGAGCCUGCUGGAACGAGCUCUUCACCCUCGGCCUGGCCCAGUGCGCCCAGGUCAUGAGUCUCUCCACCAUCCUGGCCGCCAUCGUCAACCACCUGCAGAACAGCAUCCAGGAAGAUAAACUUUCUGGGGAUCGGAUCAAGCAAGUCAUGGAGCACAUCUGGAAGCUGCAGGAAUUCUGCAACAGCAUGGCAAAGCUGGAUAUAGACGGCUACGAGUACGCAUACCUUAAAGCUAUAGUUCUCUUUAGCCCCGACCAUCCAGGUUUGACAGGCACAAGCCAGAUUGAAAAGUUCCAGGAGAAGGCACAGAUGGAGCUGCAGGACUACGUGCAGAAGACCUACUCAGAAGACACCUACCGCUUGGCCCGGAUUCUCGUCCGCCUACCAGCACUCAGGCUCAUGAGCUCCAACAUAACAGAAGAGCUUUUCUUUACCGGUCUCAUUGGCAACGUUUCAAUAGACAGCAUAAUCCCAUACAUCCUCAAGAUGGAGACAGCAGAGUAUAAUGGCCAGAUCACCGGAGCCAGCCUAUAGUGCCCAUCACACUGCUGCCCAGGCAAGAGCCCUGCCAAGACCGUGCAGACACAGGGGAGUACAGUAGGCCUAUCUUGGUAUGUGCAAAUACUUCCAGGGUGUUCGCCUUCCUGCCUUGCUGCCCCUCACCCGUCCGUCGGAGACAAUAGCGACUAAGAGACUAGUAGGGUCCUUUCCGGCCACAAGCAAUGUUUUAAUGCCUUUUGAUGAAGCAGAUUUUGGAACAAUCUUUUAACUCAAUUUGUAUUUAGAAAUUCUCAAAGGGCAAAAACAAAAGUGAGGUUUUAUAAUAUUAGAGACUAGUAUUAAAGCAAACUAAAAGAACCUAAGAGAACAGUAUGUGUGUAAAUAUAUUUAAAUUUUUUCCUUGGAAUUAAUAGCUACUAAUUACCAGGGUAAUAAUAAUAAUAUUAGCACUUUCUAAGCACUUCUUACCAGAUUUUGUACUGUUAGCAACAUCUUGCCUGUGGGCAGGGCAAAUGGAAAAUUAUAUGUCUUUUGCUGAAAUGCUGAUAAUUUCUGUGAAAAUUACUAGGGGUCAGGAGACAAUCACCGUGUCGGGAAGAGGAGGCCCCCUGGUGGUGUUGCAUUCAAUUCCCAUGAACAGAACGAGGCUGACAGACACUGUCCCCGAGUGGGAGCGGUGGCCCUAGUGCGUGACCCUAGUCAGGAGCUGCCUGACAGGGGGCCAGGGCCCGCCGGCUCUGGUCCAUGGUGGGGUCUGCAGACUCCUGUGGACCUUGGGUUCUCUUGUGAUAACUGUUUUUACAGAAUUAGAUUGUAGCUGUCAGACACAGGGACUGAAAGCACCUCCCAGGUCCCCUCCGCCUCUCGUGGCAGCUGGAGCCUUUUGACCCUGAGUACAAAGUGAGCAUUCUGAACCCUUGCCAGCACUUCCUCGAUGCGACCUGUGUGGCUGCAUGCUGCCCAGCAGUCAGCCUGUCCGCACGGUCCCUGGACAGCGUUCUGUCUGGCCAGACUGGCAUCUGGACGGGCCUCUCUGUUCAGGUCUAGUGCAGCUGAAUGGAAGAUGUCAGCAGGACAGGUUCUCUCUUGAUUGUAAAUAUUAGGGUUUUCAGUGUCCGCAGACUUGCCACCUCUACUGGCUAGCUGUUGAGUGUCCUGGCAUGCUGAGCACUUUGCUUCUCCAGGUGUGUGCCACACCAACAAAGCACCCCAGAGUGUUUUAAAUAACGGGUGUAGAAGCAGGAUGACCACUCUUCCAAAAGCAACCUUGAGGCCAGGCGUGCAGUACAAGCCUAUAACCCCUACAUUCCGGAGCCAGACAGGAUUGAAAAAUCCAAGGACAGCCUGAGCAACUUGGUGAGACCUUAAGUAGGAGUGGGGCAGCCCUGGGUGCUGCGCAGCGCAGCGGCAGAGCACUUGGCUAGCACGUGAGGCCUUAGGCUCCAUCCCCACUAGUGGGGAGAGAGGGGGAGCACCCAUCCCCAGGGUAUUUCCCUCACAGAUUACAGCUGCCAGACUUUAUGAAAUAGUAACUUUUGGUUACAAGGAAGUUACGUGUAACUGAGAUGGGAGUCAGCAGCAAGGCUGUCCGUGAGAAAAGUGGGACAGAUGCCCGAGGUUGGGCAAGGCGCUUCAUAUUGCUUCCUGUUUAGGCAAGAUCAAGAAAACCUGGCGCGAGGUUGUUGGUGUGUGCUGAAUCCAGCGGGGUGAUGCCAAGCUGUCAGGACACGCCACCCUGUGCUGCGCCGCGCCGCGCCCUGCGCUGCAGGCAGCUCCUCCUGUUGAUCCUGUGUUUAACCCACUCCACUCGCAGACCAUGCCUCCCAAGCUCACGCUGGAGCACAGGAACUAUCGUAAAGUGAUGGAAAGGAUUUAAUUCCCAGUUUAUUUUUUACUUCUCUAACCCUAACGUGGUGUGAAUUUCACAAUUAAGAUGAGCAGCAUAUCCAGGCAGUUAGCACAGACCUCUUUCAUCUCUGCUCGUGAAGGACUUGAGUAGAUAGGUGUGGUCUGCUUUUCAGUUUGAUUUUGGGGUAUGAACGCAUCAACCCUCAUUCUUGCGGCCGGGCCUGGCAUCCUGUGCCACCAGGCUGUGUAGACUCGGGCUGGAUUGAAGAUGUGGUGAGGAAGAAAGCUCCAUUUGCUCAGUUGAUUUCCAUCCUGGUCCGGCUCCAGUCCCCUGGCUGGCCACGGCCUGCUCUGGGGUCCUCUGAGAGAUCUGCUCCCUAGCUCUUCUUGGCCUUACUUCACAGGGGCCUUUCCUUGAAGGGUCACGUGAAUAUUACCCCACUUCUUGCUGCUGGAAGUCACGUCCAGGCUUUGAGCAAAGGUCCUUUCCAUCUCUCGUCAGAGCAGUUUAAGCCAAAGCCAAGAAUAACUUAGCUCUCAACCCUAUUUGGGCUGCCUUCAUAGGCCUUUCCCCUUGCUCAUAGCUUGUGAAACUUCCACCUGAACUGAGACUUGUCCCUCCCACCCAACUCCGAGCGGCUUUGCCUGGGGGCCCAGCUGCUCCUCGUAGUGUGGACAUGGCUGAGACGCACUCACUGUCUAGGCAAGUGUGCUCUUUUCUGGAUGUAUCCCCAGUCACGUUGGGUUAGGACAGCUGUGUGUGGAAAUGGGGGAGGUUGUAAAGAGGGCAAGACCAUAUGACUUAGACAACACUAGGAGUCGUACUAUUCUGGAGGUUUCUGAAGACGCCACCAUCUCCCCAAUUUGAAGUUUGUUGUGUAUUGGAGGAGUUGCAUUAUUGAUUGUUUAACCUCUGCCAUCUGCUCAUAGCUGGCAGUUCUUUUAUUGUUUUGGUUUUAAUAUUGUCUGGGUGCUGUGCUCGUGUGCUGUUUGCUUUAGGAGUGGUUUCUAGCUUGUCAGGGCAGCAGCCAGGGUGGCAAGAGUGGAUGCCUUGGCUCCCAAGUGGAGUUGCAGUUUCCAUAGUUCACUCACUUAGGCUGUUAGGGAACCACAGUAGCCUGAGACGCAGGGUGUGCUGGAGUGUGCUUUUUCUGUGUUGCACUUCUGUAGGCCAUGUUGCUCCUGGUCCUUCAGCAGCUCAGUAUCUGCACCUGGAGCUGCUCAGUAGGGUGCGUGCGCCGCUUGCUGACUUCCCACAGCAGACGCUUUUGUGUGCAAUGGAGGAGCGGCACUGAAACGCCCGAAGUCCAGACCAUGUGCUGCAGCCCAGUGUUCCCUGGAGAAAGGAAGGAAGGAAGCAGCCCCUGUCCUUGGCUGAGGACACUCCGCUGCAGUCCUCCCUUUGCCCAGCCUCCAGUCUCGAUUACAGGGGCUUCAAAAAUGUCUUCAAUUUGAUGUCUCAGUUUUGUUUUUUUUUUAAAGACAACCUCUUUGUGAGAGAGAUGUGGGGGGGUCAGGUCUCUUGUACACAGGUUUGUGAGGGGUGGGGGGUCAGGUCUCUUGUACACAGGUUUGUGAGGGGUGGGGGGUCAGGUCUCUUGUACACAGGGUUGGGCCUUCUCAUUAUGUGCCUCCCACCAGUGUGCGCUUCGUGUGCACAGACCUGGUCCCUACAGCAGCAUUGCCGCAUGUCCAGAGUUCCAGGCUGGAUGACUGAAUGAAUGUACAUGUGUUUAUAUCUUCUGUACAGUGUAUAUAGUAUGUACAUAGGUGUAUAUUAUAUAUACAGCCGUGUAGCCACGUAUCCAAACUUCAUGUACGUUGAGGAUGUUUAUGGGUAGCAUUGCUAAUAGAAAUGGAUGCUGAGGUCUGACAAGGGGAGACAAGCACGUCUAGCAGUGGGCAGUCAGACUCCUGGACAAGCAAACUCUCAGAGGAGGGCAGUUCUCUGUUCUCUUGGAUCACGGGGCCAGAAAGCUGGCCUACCUCAAAGUUAAUUCCAUCUUUUUCAUGCAUCAGUUUAAGGGGUAACUAAAGGAAGCUAGUGGCUAGCACUGCCUGCCUUCUCCAAUUCUGUGAACUCUUUGUAUGGUCUGGAGCUAGACAGGCCCAGGUCAGUGGGGUCGGUUCCCAGCAGUCUCCAUGCUUGCUCUGCUUAGUCAGCAAGACUCUGCACUGUCUUGUGACCACAUAGACUUCCCAUCUAACAGCAGUAAAAACAGGUAUCCUUCCAGUAAUCAAGUUUGAGUGCCCGUGGCUAACCUUGGUGGCAUAAAAGCUACAACUCUUAAGUUACUCCUUUCUGAAAGUAUGUAACUGAAAUCCACUAAACUGUCUAAUGUAAAUUAUGAUGCAAAUUUUUUACAUGAAAACUGCAUUUUAAUGUGGAUAUGCCCUUAAAACUACAGGUGCCAAAAUGUCCUUAUCUACCAGAUCUAAAUCCCCGUGCUAGGGAUUUAGGCUCAGACAGGGCCGAGACUUGGGAACAGGGCUAAAAGAAGCCCUGGAUAAUGGCAAAACUUAACAUCAUGUGCAGGCUGCUUUUUCUUGCUAUAAUAAGCAUGGGCCACUCAGCCUCCAGCUUUGUGUCUGCUGUACCCCUGGCCUUACCUUCUUGUGAUUGUCAGACCCUGCCUGUGACAAUCACACUACUGACAGUGGCUUUCCAGUUAAAACACACGUGCAAGAUUAACAGUCUCAUGCAUCUAAAUUUCUUUUGAGAUAUGUCUUUGAAUAAUGACAUAAGAAUAAUUCAGACAUAAGCUUAAGAAAUAAUUGGGGGAAUACAGAUGUCAGGUAUUUCUGGCUGGAUGUGUAUCUGUCACCUUAGCUAUAGCAGGAAACAUAAAUCAGGAUCACAGUCCAACCCAGACAAAGAAACAAGAGCCUAUAAAAAAAAUUACCAGAGCAGUUAGGCGCUAGUAGCUCACACCUGUCAUCCUGGCUAUUUUGGAGACUGAGAUUGGGAGGAUCGUGGAUCUGGGCCAGUCAGAGAUACUCAUCUCCACAGAGGGAAGCUGGGCCCUGCGUAACACCUGACAUCCCAGCAAUUAUGGGAAGCCUCAAAUAGCAGAUCAUGGUCCUGGGCAGAAUGCUGAGACCCAGUCUUAAAAACCAAGCAAAGACCAAGCUGGAAGUAGUUCCUGUAGCACAACAGCUGCCCGGCAAGGAUGAGGCCCCAUGUUCCACACCCAGCACCAAAGGAAGACAGGCAUUUUUAAAAUAUCCCUCUAUGCUAUCAGUCAGGAAGCCAGUGAAUUUGGUGUCUUUUAUACAUGCAACAUAUAAAAAAUACUCAGUGAUAUUUACCAAUCGACUCUGACUGUGUGUUAAGGUUUGGAUAACAUCCGGAGGUGAUAGACUUCACAGAGAAAGAGCUUUUCCUUAGAGAAGUACGUCAGUGUCACUGUGGCGCCUGAGCAGGCAUGGACCCGAGAUGCUGCUCCACCUACAACUAAGUGCUGGAAUAUUUUUCUACACUCUCCGUUUUCCCAAUUACCUUGUAAAUCAGUGUUCAACUAGUUUUAUAACCGAAGAGCUGUACAUUUUUCAUAGCAUCAACUGUAGUUUUUACCUCUAGUCUGGAUUUCUGUCUGUAUUAACAGCCCUUUAAAAAAAUGUCUAUUAAAGGAAAAUCCGGGUGUGAGAUUUUUCUGCCCUUCAUAAUAUAGAACUAUCAUUUAUGCCAUUAUCUCUUUUAAUUCCAGGUUCAAAACCUGCCGAAAGCUGUAGCUUCACACAGCUUUCCGCCCCAUGUGAAAUCAGCUUUGUUAUGUGAUGGCAUUUAAAAACUAGCAUGUUCUUUUUAAACUGAGUUUUAUAUCUAAUCAGUGUCUUCAGUCUUGAAGAGAAAUUUGCAUUGUUGUGUUUGUAUAUAGAGUACUGCAGUGCAUGAUUAUUAGCUUUAUGCAUUUUAUUAAAUGCUGUUUUGUUGUGGCAUUACUGUUGUGGCUUACUACUACCUACAUGAGGUUUGUACUAUUAAAAGUGUAUUAAAGACUAAA